AUGGGGGACAGCGAGGAGCAGGGGGAGAGCUCUGACCCGUCGCCCCAGACGCUGCCGGGCCAGGAAGCCCCUCCAUCGCGGAAGAUCAAGUCUGGCUCGGCCAACAGCCGCAAGCACCACCUGCUCAAGUAUGAGUUGACGAGCGAGGCCAAGGAGGCCGCCAGGGCCCAUUUCGGCGACAUCCCCGCCGAGGAGGCGGGCAUGGCUGUCUGGGACCUCCAGCAACGCGAGCUGAGGGAGCUCUUCAUCAAGGUCUACAAGACUCGCACCGUCAGCUGCAACAACAAAUGGAUGCGCGGCAAGCUGCUGCUAGCCAUCGGCCUGGACACGCGGUGGGAGCCUGAGUGGAUGCAGCAGCGGGAGGCGCCGCAGCCCAAGGCCGUGGCGGCGGUGGCCGACGGCGGCGAUGCCGCCGCGCCACCAAUGCUGGGGAGCAACGGGCGGCCGAUGCGGCGCGCGGCGGCCGCCGCCACGCGCCGCUGGGGCGACAGCGACGCCGAUGGCGAGUCUGGCGAUGGCCUGAGCGACAGCGAGGGCAAGCCGGCGAAGCGGGCGAGCGGCAAGCGGAGGGAGCACGGUGGCAAGGAGGCGCUUGCUCAGGAUGGCGCCGGGGCGGGCCCCAAGCGCCCGAGGCAGGCCUUCCCUGAGACAAUUGGCGGCGAGAGCUUUGCGCACCUGGGGCCGACCGGCGGCUACGGCCCGCCGGCGCCGCGCAUGGCGCCGACCGCGGUCGUGGCCGCGCCGCCGAUGUCCCUGGUGGUGCCGGCCGGCCAGGGCGGCAGCGGCGCGGGCGCGGCGCAGGUGCCUGCGGCAAUGGGGGAGCGGGGGCAGCCCGUCCCGCUGCCGCCCUGGCUGCAGCAGCAGAUAGAGGCUGCGUUGGCGGAGCAAGCGGCGGCAGCACAGCACCGCCAGCAGCAGCAGCAGCAGCAGCAGCAGCAGUGGGGGCCGCAGGCGUACUCCCACCUCGGCCUGGGGCCCGCAGCCGCAGCAGCCCUGGCGGCCGCUGCGGGCCCCCCGCAGCCACCCUCGCAGACGGGCCAGCCCGCCAUCCUAGUGUGGCAGCCAGAUGGGCGCACCACGCUGGACCCCUCGGCAGCGCCACCGCCCGCGGCCCCGCAGCAAUGGGCCAGCCUGGGGCCCUCGGCAGCUGCCCCUCCCCAGCAGCGCAGCGGCCUGCAGCUGCCGCCGGGCUGGGGCCCGCCGCCGGCAAGCAGCACCGCGUGGCAGCAGGCUCAGCAGCAGGCCCAGGUGCAGCAGCAGCUGCUGCACCAGCAGCACCAGCAGCAGCUGCAGCAGGCGCAGCAGCUGGCGGCGCUGCAGGCCUGGGGCGGCCAGCAGCCUGUGCACCCGACCCUCGCCUCGAUGCAGGCGCUGCUGCUGCAGCAGCAGCAGCAGCAGGCGCCUCAGUCGCCCGGCGCCGCGUGGCACCAAGCCCAACAGCACAUGCCGCCGCUGCAGCAGAUUAGCACCGGCCUGGGGCAGCUGCAGCAGCUGAGCACUGGCCUGGGGCAGCUGCAGGCGCUGAGCACCGGGCUGGGGCAGCUGCAGGCGCUGAGCAGCACCGAGCUGCUGCUGCGCCAGCUGCAGCAGCAGCAGGCGGCGGACGGCGAGCAGGCGCGGGCGGCGCCGCCCCCCCGCUCCUUCCUGCAGCUUUACGAGGACCAGCAGCGGCAGUACCAGGCCAAGCAGCAGCAGUUUGAGCAGCUGGCGCAGCAGCAGCAGCAGCAGGAGGGCCUGGCCGGGGCGCAGCCGCCGCAGCGCCUGGUGGCACCCACCGCGCAGCGCCCCGCUGCCACCAUGUUCCUGGUCGGCGGCAGCCGCCCGCAGCAGGCGGCGCAGCAGGCGGCGCAGCAGCCACAGGCGGCGGCGCCCACGCCACAGCAGGCGCCGGGGCCGGCGGGCCCCGAGCCUCCCUCCCAGCUGCAGCGCGCGGUGUCGGGCCCCGUGUCGGCCUGUGACCUUGCCUCCGCCUGCGGUCCCCGCCAGGUGCACCCCAGCCCCUUUGCCAACGACGCGCUGGCCGUCGGCUCGCCGCAGGCGGCGGCGGCGGAGCCGCGGCCGGGGCCGCCGGCCAACCCGUUUGCAGCCAAGGCGGCGGCGCCGGCAGCGGCGCCGCCGCCCGAGCCCCCGCUGGCGCCGCCCAGCAAGCAGCCCACGGUGUCGCCGCUGGCGCUGCCACGCAAGCUGCCCAGCGGGCACCAGCUGUCGUUCGACCUGCUGGGGCUGCCCUCGCUGUCGCUGGCUGGCCACAUGGGGGCGCUGCCCACAGUCAGCCACGACCUCCAGUCCUUGUUCCAAGCUUGGGAGGAGGGCCGCGUGUCGCUGAGCCUGGGCCCCGGCCAGUCGAGCGGCGCCGUGCCCGCCGCCGCCCCCUGA